AUGUCGUUACCAGGUCUCUCGCUUCCGGGUCUUGGGCUUGGUCUUGGUCAAGGACCUGCCACGCCACUGGCAAGUGCAGCGCCCACAGUGCAAGCGCCGAGAUCCGAAACACUGCAACCUCAGCACGAGUGGCGGUUCGAGGUUGCCUUCAACCAAAAGUACAAUAUCAAGCUGGAGGCUGGUCAAGCUGAACUGUUCGGAGUCGAACUCGCGCCCAGACAAACUUACACAUUCUCCGGCUGCAAAGGCGCCAUUUUCACAUGGCAAGGCUGUCAGUUGGAAGUCAGCGGCAGCGCUGAGAGCGAAUACGUGGGCCAGGAGACCGAAUAUGCGGUCGAAUGGCUGAAUGUGCAUGGCAUGCUCGAAGGUAUGCGUGCCCAGGGCGGUGAUGAUGCGCCACGAGUACUGGUAGUGGGUCCCGACUUUGGUGGCAAGAGCAGUCUGGUACGAAGUCUCGCCGCUUGGGCAGUACGAAGUGGGCAUGCGCCAACUGUGCUGAACUUGGACCCUCGAGAAGGUCUUCUGGCACCACCUAGCAGUCUCUCGGUGGUGACUGUCGAUUCUUCUCUCGAUCUCGAGAAUGGCUAUGGUAUCAGCUCAUCUUCCGGGCCUACAGUGUCGCCCGUCCGGACACCUCUCAUCUACCACUUCCCGUAUCAGUCACCAUCUGAGAAGCCCGAAGUUUUCAAGCCCAUCACCACACGCAUGGCAUUGAGUGUCAUGAAUCGACUCGAAGAGGAUGCCACAGCAAAGAAAAGUGGAAUCAUUAUCGACACGCCUGGUUCGCUUAACGACCCCAAAACGAAUUACGAUUUGAUCGCCCACAUCCUAUCGGAGUUCAGUGUCAAUAUGGUGCUUACGAUAGGCUCGGAGCGACUGGCCAGUGAUAUGACCAGACGCUUCGGUGGCAACAAGUUACCAGACGAAACCGUGCAUGUUCUUCGCAUUUCGAAGCCCGGAGGAGCGGUAGAGCGUGAUGCGGCCUUCAUGAAGCAGGUUCGAACGCAAUCCAUGCGGCGAUAUUUCUUCGGCUCGAGCAAAGAAUCGUUGAACCCACACUCCCACACGAUUCCAUUUGCCGAUCUGGACAUCUAUCGAGUCAAGUCAGGCGCCACCACCACCGGGAGCUCGGAAGAUUCCACUUUCACGCCUGGUGGUGCCGAUGAUGACGACGAAUACGACGUGCCAUAUGCGGCGAGCAAACCGGUGGGGAACAGUAUCUACGAGAAAUUCACACCCACGGCUGCGAUGACGGGUGGUUUGCUCGCGAUCAAAUUCUGCUCCGGUGGCGCAGACGAACAGACGGUGCGAGACAGUGCGGUCAUGGGAUUUCUAUAUGUCGCUGAUGUGGACGAGACGAGACGAAAGAUUCGUUUUUUGGCACCACAUCCGCAACGAUGGGGUGAUCGCGCGUUGGUGUGGGGACAUGGCUGGCCUGAGGCAGUGGGAGAUCUCGUUCAAUAGCAAGGAGAGGUCAAUCAUUUCUGGAUUGCUUGCUUGCUUCGGAUCCAGGACAGUUAGUCAUUCAAUCAGUCAGUAGUGUAAUGAGAAGCGCAAGAGUGCCCUCCGAU